GAUUCCAUCCAUCAGCCGUUUGAUUUAGCCCAAAACUACAAUUUUGUUUCAUUAUAAGAUUUGUCUUUGAUCACUUCAUGAUUCCUUCCAUCAGCCUUUUAAUUUAGCCCAAAACUACAAUUUUGUUUCGUUAUAAGAUUUGCCAUUUGUUUGCACAGAACAUAACUUAUUUAUUGGGAAUGUUGUAUAGUUUGUCUGUCGUUGUUGUGCUUGCCGUUGGAGCAUCUUGUGCCACCACGAUGCCGGCAUGGUUUUUCGGUGCUGUUCCCGGGAGUGACCCCACUACCCGGCUGUACUACGUUAAUUAUCCGUUUCCCAAUAAAGAGCCAUGGUACUAUCCGGUGAAAUCUCUCCAGUCCGGUUUUCAACUGGGAUCGAGCGCAUCAUCCGAUGCGUACAUGGAUGACGGCAAACUGUCCACGAGCAAUUCCGCCAAGACGCUGCUAGAUUCCAGCGGCAACAAGAUCACACAGGCACAAAGUGGCACGGUCGCUCAAGGACUUUCCGGUCAAAUGGUUAAUUAUGUCGGCGCGCAUGCCUUUCGUAAAUAACACAAAAGUGCGGCAAUAUCCUCGUUUAUCGUAUCUUUUACCAAAAAUUUUAACAUGGACGGUGUUUUUUCUAUCGUUACUUAGAUUUUAAUUAAGUAUUAUUUUGCAAUACAAUAUCAAGUGUUUUGUUAGUUGUUUUGUUAAUUUGCUGUUACGUAUAGGCUUUCUUGUGUUCUCAUAUAGUUAGUUCACAAAAAAAGCACUGCAGAAUAAUAGGUAUUCUCAAAGAAUAUUAGAUAUUUUUUUAUUCG